AUGAAUGUUAUAUCAUGGAACAUUAGAGGGUUGGGGUCCGUUGGAAAGAGUUCAUGGAUUCGAAAGCUUAAGGUGACAAAUGAGGUUGGUUUUUUAAUGUUACUGGAAACUCAGUUUCAGUCGAUCGAAGGGGUGGAUGUAAGUAGAUUCUGGGGGACGGGUGAGUUUGAUUUUGAGUAUGUUGAUGCUACGGGCAGACAUCGGUUUUGGGCGAAAGAGGGCGAUGAAAACUCUAGCUUCUUUCAUGGAGUUAUUAAUGGUCGGAGAAUGUCCAACUCGAUUCCUAGAUUGUUCAUAAACGGGGAUUGGGUGACGAAGCCUAACGAGAUCAAAAAAGAGGUCCAUCGGUUUUUUAAAGAAAAGUUUGUGGAAGAGAUAAAAGAUCGACCUUUUCUUCAUGUGUACGGUUUAAAGACCCUUGAUUCGGAAGCGGCGGAUGUGCUUGUGGUACCUUUUCUAGAGAAAGAGAUUAAGAUGCGGUGUGGUUUUCUGGAUAUUUUUAAUAAUUUUGCAGAGACGGGGGUUAUAAGCCGGGGUCUAGGCUCCUCGUUUAUCACUUUGGUUCCUAAAGUGAAUGAUCCGGUUGACUUGGGGGAGUAUUGUCCGAUUAAUUUGAUUGGUGUAGUGAGCAAAGUGAUAUCUAAAGUCCUAGUAAACAGGUUGAAAAAGGUGAUUGAUAGUCUUAUAUCAGAGACACAAUCGACAUUUGUCGCUGGGAUAUUUAUUCUGGAUGGUCCUCUUGUUAUCAGCGAAGUUUUAUCUUGGGCUAGAAGAUGUGGGAAGGAGUUAUUUAUGUUCAAAAUUGAUUUUGAAAAAGCCUAUGAUUAG